GCAGUCUUUUCUGAACAUACGCUCGUUAGCUUUAGCUCUUUGAUAGUGGUCUGACUCCGACAAUCAACAGGUUAGUGUUUGAGCUACUACACUGUAGUUAGUAUUAAUUCAAAUGCUCGUGUGAGUUAGGGAAGUAUACCCUUACAUUCGUCACUUGUAUGCGUUUUAAAGUAAUGAAUCUUAGUAACGCAAUACCCAUCUCAGAUUUGUUUUUUAGCAUUUGCUAAUUAGCAUUGAGUUAGCAGGGUCAAGUUUGUUUCACGUCGGUUAGCGUUAGCGUUAGCUAACGACUCCUGCGCGGUUGUUGGAAGAGCAGGACAAGUAUCUUUGAGCUGAACCGACUCUUGCAAAUUAGCUUUGCUGUUUCAGCGCUGUAGCGACAAUCCCUGCUGUGUUCGUCUCUGAUACAAAUCCAGUUUAAAUGUGGCGGUUUGUAUCAUUUGUGAAGUGACGACGUGGGAGGCGCAGCACGGAGCCAACUGAAGGGAUGGGAGAGCCGCCUGCUGUGAUCCCCCAGCACCAGAUGAGAGGCAGGUAGUGAGGGUGCAAAAGCAAUGUUGUGCUGCUGUGUACAAUGAAGAAGAUAUUCAGCUUUACAAAGAAAAAGAAACACCCGUCUGGUACCCCUGACAAUGGGAGUGUGCUUUCUGUUGGAUAUGAACUUAAAGAAAAGGACCUCGGGAAGGUUCACAAGGCUGCCUCAGUGGGUGAUUUGGCAAAGUUGAAGCAGCUUGCUAAAAAGAAUGAUAUCAAUCAACUUGACAAAGAGAACAGAACUGCACUUCAUAUUGCCUGUGCCAGUGGACAUGUUGAGGUGGUGCAAUUCCUUGUUGAGAGCAAAGCCAAGCUUAACCUAUGCGACAAUCAAAAUAGAUCCGCCUUAAUGAAGGCGGUGCAGGGCCAGCACGAGCGAUGUGUGAGCAUACUGCUGGAGAAUCAUGCCGAGCCUAACCUGGUGGACAUGAAGGGCAAUACAGCCCUACAUUUAGCAGCAAACAUCCCGUCCAUCUCCAUUGCUGUCCUGCUGCUGGAGCAUGAGGCUAACAUCAAUGCCCAAAACAAGGAGGGAUUCACACCCUUGACUGUAGCAGUCCGUGAGGACCAUAUCGAAAUGGCUGACUUUCUCCUAAAGGAGACUGCCGAUGUGAAUUUUAUGGAUCAAGACCAAAGGUCCCCAUUAAUGAUAGCUGCUGGCAAUGGACAAAUUGGUAUGUUGCGGCUACUCUUGCGGUUUAAUGCAAAUAUCACACUAAAGGAUACCAAAGGAUGGUCAGCUGAUGAUUACGCAGUAAUGAAUGGGCAUCAUCCUUGUUCCCUCCUUAUCAUUGAGCAUGGCACCCAGAGGAACGAUGGACCCUCCCUGUCACAUCAAGGUCCGAAUCAAAAGAAGAAAAAAAUGCUGUUGGGCAGUCCUUUCCAAGAUGUUGAAGCAGGCUUCUCUUUGGGCGGACCAGCCACUGACAAAGAUGAUUUUGAAGACAAUUCUCAGUCAGAGUCAGUAAGUCGGAUUUCAAAAAGUGCUGCUGAUGAAUGGCCUUCAUCUGAAGAUGACGAUGAAUCUGUUUUAGUUGAAAAGAAAUCACAGAAAGUAAACCUAAGGAAAAUGAUUGCAUCCAAAAAGGGAGAAGCUUCUGCACUGCCUGACAGGUCCUUCAUUGGUACAGAAUCUGAGCCAGAGAGUGCGAAUAGAGUCCAGAGAAUCACAUCCCUCCCAAAGGCUUUACCAUCCAGCAAUGCUCCGCAGCACCCAGUAGAUCCCUCUCCCAUUUCCUUCCUUUCCAGAGCACCUCAGAUGACUUCCACCACUAUUCCACGCUACAGAAAGGAAGAUCCCACUGACGAUGAGGAUGACGAUGACGAUGAUGACGAUGACAAAGACGAGGUGAGGGAUGAUGAUGAGGAGGAAGAGGAGGAAGGAGACAUUUCAGAUGAAAAUGAUCAGUCUGAAGAAAGUGGAGAGUCCCUUGAUGCCACUUCACGUGUUCCUGAGACAGAAGUCUCUAAAGAUAAGAAAAGAGAUUUUCUAUCUGAGCUGGGUCUAGAGAAGGGAGAGGAAGAGCAAGAUUCUUGGGACUCUGAGUCCCAUUCUGAAAACCCCAGUAUGCCACAUGAAGAGAAACAAAGCUUGCAUACUCAGGAUCAAGAAGAGAUGUCCACUGUUGAAGAGAUUAAAGACAACUUGUUUUAUAUUCCCUCUUUUUUAAGAGGGGAAGGUGGCAAUAGGAUGGCAGAUCUAGUGCCUCGGAGGACUGUAGGCAGGCCAAGAGGCAGCCAGGGACAGGUUGGAAACAGCGAUAACGCUGAUAAUGGAAGAGAACAUGUUGCUGAAGAUGAUACUACACAGAAAGAGACUGAGAAGACAAAAUGGGAACCACUUAGUGUUUUGAGCAAGAUUGAAGGAGAUAAUGACCAAAAGCAAGACUUAAUGGAAGAGCUUGGUCUGGGUGACGUUGAUGAUCUUGAAGCUUCUUGUGUUAAUGGCACAGAUGCAUCAGACUGGGACUCAGCCAGUACAACCAGUAAGAGAACCCUGCCUGGCCGUAGAAUGGCAUCCCCUGGACUUGAGGAGUUCCCAGAAUGCACCAUUCCAUCUGUUAAAGAGCAGGAUGAAGAUGUGACUCUAGCAGCACCACAGACAACUCAGAGGAGCAUCAACUCCGACACGAGGCUGCCCAGUACACCCUCUCAACUCACACCCCAUCCUCAACCUCGAGCAAGGAAGAUGGUGCUUCAGAAACCAGAGACUGAAGAAGAAUCAGAUUGGGAACCAGACAUUUUAACAUCUUCUAAUACAGCCAAAAUUGACAAUCAGCUGCAAAACAUAGCUGAGCUUCAGGUAGUGGUUAAACCAGGUUCCCCUGAGUUUUCAUCAAUGGCAAGAGAAAGUAAAAGUAACAAAGAGUCUGAUGAGCCUGAGAAUAAGGUUGGCAAAGAGACAACAAAGACUGCAUUGGAGGUCCAAAAAUCCUGUGCUUCCUGGGAUACUGGCGGAAUGACAUUGAAAGAAGUGGGUACUGAGAAACCUGAGACCAGGUUAGGAUGCCUGUCAAGUCAAGCUAGAGCAGUUCGCCAGGAAAAGCAGCCUACAGCCACCAAGAGCACCAAUGGGGCACCAGUGCAAUCGCAUCUCCCAGUCCAGCAGACCUACAAUAGCAACAAACAGGAGGGACAAGCUGUAGAGGAGACCUUAAAGCUGGAGCUGGUCAGAGGGGCCCGGCGCAGCAGAGCCCCUCAGACCAACACCCAUGUUAACGGAGAUCCUCUCUCUGUGUUUGACGAUAGCACUUUAAGUGAAGUGUCGGACGAUGAAGGAAGGUUGCCAAACAGUGGACAACAAAAAAAUGAGAACCCCGAAGAAGUGGAGAUGGCAGAAGACUUUGAUGAACUCACUCAGUCAUCAGACACAGGCACAGAUGACAUUGAGUCUCCCACUUCAGGCUAUCGUCACGCAUCUCUCCUCAUCCAGAAGCUAGACUCAGCCACUUUAGACUCAAGAAGCAUGGUGAAGCUGCAGAACAUUUUCCAUGAAUAUGAACGCUCCAUCCAAAAGGCGCGGAGUCGCCAUGGAUACCUUGCGGACAAGGUGAGCCAGCUGGAAAUGGAGAGAGCGGAGUUGAAGAGUUCUCUAGAGGAAGUGAAAGAUGUUAAGUCUGCCUUGGAGCGCAAUCAGCUGGAAUUGCAGACUGAAGUCACAAAUCUCAAGUUUCAGCUGAAACAGGAGCAGGAAAAUCGCCGCAAUGCCACCAUGAUGUACAACACCACCAGAGAUAAGCUGAGGAGGACGGAGGAGCAGCAUCACUUAGAGGUUCAAGAGAGACAGAAGGUGGAGCUCACACUCAGAAACCUGGAGCUGGAGAUGAGAACACUGGUCAACAACAUGAAACAGCUUGAAGAGGACCACAGUGAGACCCAGAGACUGCUCGCUCAGGAGCGCAGUGCAAGGACGCUGCAGGAGAAUCUGCUCAACAGCCACCUCCGUAAGCAGCAGGAGAUUGAGGAGGAGAACAAGAGAAAUAUAAGCAAAAGCAAUGAGGCCUUGUCUCAGCUCACUGAGGCCAGUGACAGGGAGAGGGAGUUGCUACAGCAGACUGCUACCUUACAGGAGCAGCUGACCAUCCUUAGAACAGACCUUGAGCGUUCAAAAGCCAACAGCAGUCUCAAAGAGAGCCACAUUUUGGAGGAGAACGAGGCCCUCAAGGAACAGCUGGAAGAUGCUCAGAGAGAUCUCAAACUCAACAGUGAAGCCCUGACCCAAACUGUCUUCAAGUGCAAUAACCAGGUGACCACCCUGAAGUCUGAGUUAGCCAUGAUAAAAACCCGCCUGGAAAAUGAGCGACAGACUCGUGAAACACUGGAGGUAGAGAUGGAGUCUACUCGUACCCGCCUGGCUGGUGCAGUAAAGGAGGCUGAGCGUAGUCAGGCAGCUCACACAGACACAGAGAAAGCUCUGCUCCGUGAGAAAGAGGAACACCAGCGUCUUAAAGACAGAGUCACAGGUGAGGCAGCAAGUCAGCGUGAGACAGUCAGCAGCCUGUCUCAGAAGCUGGCCAAGGCAGAGGCUUGUGCAAACAGCAUGGAGAAUGAAGUUCAUCGGGUCACACUGCAGCUGACAGAGAAGGGCCUACUACUGGAUGUCCUACAGCGGGAGAAGGACCAGGCAGCUGCACGUGUCAAGGAGCUAGAAACGGCUUUGCAGGCAGAGAGGGAGCUGGUCAGCCGUGCUGGGGCUCGCCAAGAGGCCACACAGGAGCGGCUAGCCCAAGCCCAAAGUGAGGGUAUGUUAUUACGGCAACAGCUAGAGGAGGCCCAGAACAAAGGCGUUGCAAAGGAGCGUGCUGUGACAGAUGCCCAAGAGCGAUUCAGUGACAUUCUGUCCAAGCUGCGCUCUGACUGCGAAGAUAGGGUACAACUAGUGGAGGAGAGAAAUAAGGAGCUCGGAAGUAAGGCUGCUGAUCUCCGAGAUCAAAUCUACAAGUUAGAGGAAGAGAAGAACGAAAGAGAGACAAGUCUAAGGCAGCUUCAGCAGGAGCUAGCUGACUCACUCAAGAAGUUAUCAAUGAGUGAAGCGUCUCUGGAGGUCAACACACGCUAUCGCAAUGACCUGGAGGAGGAGAAGGCUCGGCUCCUCAGGGACAUGGACAGGCUUAAAGGAAAGCUGGAGGAGAGCGAAGACCAGUAUGUGCAGGCUGAGAGACGUAUUAACAGUCUGAAGAGCAGUCUUGAUGAAAGGGACAAGGAACUCACCACUGCUGCUCAGAAACUCCAGGAGGCGCUGUCUGCCUCAGCAGCCUCUGAUACCACCAUCAAACAGCUGGAGGAAGCUGUGCAAAGGCUCGAGAUAGAGAAUGCCAGGCUGGAAGCGGCUACAAAGCAACAGUCCAACAAAAUUGAUGCACUUCAGAAAGGGGCUCAGGAAGCUGCCAUGCUAUCUGACUGCUCACCUGGAGGAGGGGUCAGAUGUCAUUUGGAGGACUUGGUUACAAACCUCCAAAGCAGUAAGAUGACUUUGGAAGACCAACUCAGUAGAGAGGUCCAGAAGCAAAGCAUGCUGUCUCACACAGCCCAGGACUCUCAGGCCUUGUGGGAGGAGGAGCUGAAAAGUCGCUCUAAAUUGGGGCUGCGCCUGGCAGAGCUUGAGAAAGAAAAAGGGGAACUGAACAACCAGUUGGAAAUAGAAAAGAAGAAAGCCAAGAAAAUAGCAGAGCAGAAGAAGGCUGUAGACACUCGUCUGGAUCAAGAGAUGAAGAGAAACACAGAGCUUCAGAAAGAAAUGUACAGGCUGCGUACUCUAUUGAAGACUGCAAAGAAGAAACUGCGGGAUCAGGACACCGGUGGAGCUGAGUUUGGCUCUCCUAUGAGCAGUCAACGGAUGGACCCGGGCAGACACAGUCAGGCUGAGGGUGGCUUUGGACGAAUGAAAGAAAAGGUGGACGAUCUGCAGGUGCAGCUGGAGAAGGAAACGUCUCGUCGCAGCCAACUAGAGAAGGUGAAUGGGGAGCUUAAGGAUCAGCUGGCCUCCCUGAAGAGCUUCAGCCGCAGUAGUGACCAGCUGGAGAGGAGUAAGAGACAGCUAGAGGAGGAGGUAUUAGACCUGAGACGCCGAAUGGAGGCCGCUCAGAUGGAGCAGAGCCAGGUGGAGCAGUACCGCCGUGAUGCAGAGGAGAGGGCCCGUCAAGAGAUACAACAGAAACUGGAGCAGGUCAAUCUCUUCCUGCAGUCCCAGGCAGCAUCCCAGGAAGCACUGGAUCAGAUUAAAGCAGCCAAUGACGCUAACCUGCGCUCUCAGCUGGAGCAGAAGAUCCGGGAGCUGGAGGGGGAACUGGGCCGUGCUCGCACCACCCAGCAAGACAGCCUUAGCCAAAGAGACUCCAUACGCACUGAGCUAGAGCGAUACCGCCAGCUCUACACUGAGGAGCUGCGCCUCCGCAAGUCCCUGGCUGCCAAACUAGAGAGGGCCAACAGUCGGCUCGCAGAAGCCAACUCCAAGCUGCUCAACGAACGCAGCAGGUCUCUCAUCACCAGCAGUAUUGCGAACGGUAGUCUUGGAGGGCCCUCACUGGAUGUGGGCACCUUGGGUUCACCAGCAAACUAUGGGGCCACGCUGGGGCCCCUCAACAGAAGUCUCGGCUUGGGACUCUCCCUUCUCAGCCCUGUGACUGAGGGACAGAGCAGCAGGGUGGAGGACUAUCUGGCCAAGAUGCAGAGUGAGUUGGACAGAAACAUAUCAAAGGAAUUAAACAAUGCCACAGCCGAGCUGGACGUUGCCUCUGCCCGUAUGUCCCCGGUGGGCUCUGCCUCGAGGGUGGAGCUGGACCCCGUCAGCAGGGCCACGCAGCAGUACUUGGAGGUACUGAAGAAGAACAAUAUGAUCUGACCACACAUCACAGCUGCUCGCACAUACUCAAACUCAAAUGUUGUAUUUCAGCCAUUAAAGCACCAACUUACGGCCAAAGCCACAGCCCACACAUGUAUCUACAAGGAUCCAACUUUGUAUGUAUUUACUCUGUGUUCUUUUAAGAAAGAAAGCAAACAUAAUGCACAUUGCACUUACCCACUCAGGAACAAAGGGCAUGAGUCAUAUAUAUAUAUGUUGCAUUACUGAUGGGUACAAUUAGAGAGAACAUCGAAAGUAUUUGUUCCUUCUGAGUAAUUCUGUUCAACUGUUUUGUUUCAAUUAGCACAAUAUAUAUAUACAGAAUUGUGGUUUGGAUUUUUAUUUGUGAAUAUUGGUGUUGCUAAAUUUGAAUUUAUAAGUAUUUGAAGUAUGCAUCAAUAAUAAUUUUUGUCAAGAUAUUACAAUUGGUACGUGCCAUCAAAUGGUGCAAUAUAUGUCUUGGUCUUACUAUAUUAGACUCAUUGGCGUAUUGUGUUUAUGAUUAUUUUAUUUAUUCAUUUUUUUUAAAAGAACAUGAUAUACUUGAAUAAGACGAGCUGGAAUACUCUCUGGCUAUUGAAACAGGGUCAAUGCAUUUGACAUUCCCGCUUUUGCUUGGCUUGCUUUUAAGGCCACCAAAAGUGAAAUACACCCGUUUUCAUUCGGAUAUACUGUAACAAAAUACAUAUAGGAAAACAUUUAUGAUGCUUGUACAUAAUAGAAGACUCUAAGGUUGUAAAUAAAACUGUAGA